AUGGGUGCUGUUUUCGAUCAGCUCAACAGGGGCGAGUCUGUUACGGCUGGUCUGAGAAAGGUCGACAGGAGCGAGAUGACACACAANAACCCUUCGCUACGAGCUGGCUCUACUGUCACUGACCGCAAAGGAAGCCAAGACAGCAUCAACCGCAGCCGUAGCAGAGGCCCUGAGCUGAAGCCCAAGCCUGACAGCAUCCGUGGAAAAGGCAUCUCCCAACCUGCACCCAAGAAGGAGCCCAAGAAGGAACUCGAUGGCAACAAAUGGAUCAUCGAGAACUUCGAAGAUGCUGAUGCUCCUAUUGAAGUCGAGGUUUCCGUCACACAGUCUAUCCUUAUCACAAAGUGCAAGAACGCCACUAUUCGUUUGAUCGGAAAGGCCAAUGCUAUUAGCAUUGACAACAGUCCACGCACGAACCUCGUUAUUGACGACCUCAUUUCAUCCGUCGAUGUCAUCAAGUGCCCCAACUUCGCCCUGCAGGUCCUUGGCACUCUUCCGACCGUCAUGCUUGACCAGGUCGACGGUGCUUCCAUCUACCUCUCGAAGGAGAGCUUGAACACUGAGAUCUAUACCUCAAAGUGCGCCAGCAUCAACGUCAACCUCCCUCCUCAGACCGAACAAGACGACUACAAGGAGUGUCCUCUACCUGAGCAGUUCCGUACUUUCAUCAAGGACGGCAAGCUCGUCAGCGAGAUCGUCGAGCAUGCUGGUUAG